AUGAACGACAGCAACAUUACAGAACUUCAACUCUGCUCCUCACAGGACAGUCGAGAAAUCUUUCCGAGCUUUGAGCCUCAGAGCCCCGCUGGCAUCUUUCGCCUGCAAAAGUACCAUCAGAAACCCAGAAAGAAGAGAACCAAAUUGACCCGAAUCGACAACUCGGUUGGGGUUAGUUCCAGUGGCGUUACCAAGCCUAAGAAGUAUGGAAAGAAGCCAGAACCUAGUGCUCCCAAGAUUACAAGGCCGUGUAGUGAGUGUGGCANUAUUCAAUUGCUAACUAGNGAGCGCCAGUGGCGUGGCAUUAACCCUCCACCCAAUUUCAGCCGACCCCUGUUGCUCGACAACAAUGUAAAUGAUCUUGAAGCCCGAAUGUCCGAUAAGGAUCACGAAGUUGCGACGUCUUUGCUAAUGUUAGCAAAUGGGCCAAGCGCUUAUGAGACACUGGCAGUUACUCCUACUAGUACUGCCAAUCCANUUGUUCUAGUAAAUUCUCAAGUGACCUACUCCACUAUGGUGAGGCGCCGAGGUGAGCAUAGGGCGCCCUUGGCAGGCGAGGUACGAGACGCUGAGCAUGGGCACCCUUGGCAGGUGCCCUUAGUGCGCAUUGGGCGAGGCACUUGGGGCGCUGCCCCUUUUGGUGUUGGGGCACGUCUCCUCAAUGGUGCCCAGUGA